AUGGGAAGGUGGUCUAACGGGAGAUGGGUCUGGGAUUUUCAAUGGAGGAGAGACCUCCUGGACAGAGAGCUCGAAGUGGUGCACUCGCUGACCACUUUUAUCUCCGGAGUCUCGCCUAAAUCUGACUGCGAAGAUCGCUGGGAGUGGAGAGGGCACAAGAGUGGGACGUACACAACUAACUCGGCCUACCGAAUUAUCAAGGGCCUUAAAGAAGAUAAGGCCGAGCUUCCUCCUGCAGUGAUGGCAGCUAGAAAAAUCUGGAAAUCGCCGGCUCCACACAAGGCGCGAAUGACAGCGUGGAGAGCUCUCUUUAACAGACUUCCCACCUGCAACAACCUGGUCAAAAGGCAGAUUGACGUGGGAGUCGUUGAGAGAUUCUGCAACGGAUGCUUUGCCCAAGAUGAGACAGCAAAUCACAUCUUCCUCCGAUGCCCAAAGAUUGAUAUGAUCUGGAAUCAUUUGUACACUUGGCUCGGGUUCCAGUCGGUACGACCCUUUGCUAUUCCAGAUCAUUUCCUUUCCUUCUCACAGCUGGGCUCGAGCAAGUUUUGCGGGAGAUUCCUCUCGGUCCUUUGGAGUUGUUUUGUCUGGGUUGUCUGGAGGUGA